CAAUCUGAGCUGCCCUCAGCUCCGGGGAUGCGAACUGAUGAGCUCAUCGUGUUUCCCAGCCACAGAAAAGAAAGUUAAAGGGAAAAAAAGGAGAAGAGUUGAAGUUGUUUUUUGAGAGAGGCGAAAACUCCCGAGGAGCCAAAGGAAGAAAUGGAGCAACUGGUGAAACUCCUCCUGUGGCAGAUUCUGCUUCAGCAAAGUUCUGUGGGCUCAUAUUCAGUCCCAGCUGACGCCUCCAACCCCUCCAGCAGCGUGGUGGUGUCGGUGCUGAACAUCAGUGCAGCCCUGGGCUCGCAGGCCGUGCUGCCCUGCAAGAGCCACCGCAUGGUGUGGACCCAGGACCGCCUGAACGACCGGCAGCGCGUGGUGCACUGGGACCUGCUCAGCUCCUACUUUGGGGACGGCAGGAUGGAGAGGCUCUGCGACAUGUACUCGGCCGGGGACCAGCGUGUCUACAGCUCCUACAACCAGGGCAGGAUCCUCAUGCCCGAGAACGCCUUUGCAGAUGGGAAUUUCUCGCUGGUGAUCAAAGGUGUGGCAGAGAGUGAUGCAGGCACAUAUUCCUGCAACCUUCACCACCACUACUGCCACUUGUAUGAGACUGUGAAAGUCCAGCUGGUCAUCGCCAAGAGAGACGAGGAGCCCGGCGAGUACUGGGACGGCGAGAAGCCGGUGCUGGUGGCCCCGGAGGGCAGCACGGUGACGCUGCCGUGCGUGAACCGCCAGCACAUCUGGACGGAGCGGCACAGCGAGGAGGAGCAGCAGGUGGUGCACUGGGACCGGCAGCCCCCGGGCGUGCCCCAGGACCGCGCCGACCGCCUGGUGGAUCUGUACGCGUCCGGCGAGCGCCGCUCCUACGGGCCCCAGUUCCUGCGGCAGAAGAUGAACGUGAGCCGCGGAGCCUUCGGCCUCGGGGACUUCUCGCUGCGCAUCUCGCGCCUGGAGAGCGCCGACGAGGGCACCUACUCGUGCCACCUGCACCACCACUACUGCGGGCUGCACGAGCGCAGGAUCUACCACCUGGCCGUCACCGAGCCGCAGAGGGACAGCAGGGUGGUCAACGUCACGGUGCCCGCCGCAGAUCCCAACGUGGUCAGGGGCCACAAUGUCAUCAACGUCAUCAUCCCUGAGGGCAGGAUGCACUUCUUCCAGCAGCUGGGCUACGUCCUGGCCACCCUGCUGCUCUUCCUCGUCCUCCUCAUCAUCGUGGCGCUCGUCACCCGCAGGCGCCGGCACAGGGGUUAUGAGUACAAUGUGAAGAAAUAUGGAGAGAAGGAUGUGAACCUUAAAGAAUUUACAGUGGACACAACAGAUCUGACCCCACACAAAAGUGAAGACAUCAGGCUGGAUUACAAAAACAACAUCCUGAAGGAGAAGGCUGAGCAAGCCAGAAGCUGCCCAGCAAAGAACAUUGAUUUAGACAAAGAUUUCAGGAAGGAAUAUUGUAAAUGAAGACGCUCCCAAGCUGCUGGCUGGACCAGAAGCUUCCAUCCAAGAUAGAUAACGUGGAAAAGAGAUGGUUUUUCUUAAUUCCAUCUUUAAUUCCAUCUCCCUCCAGCUCCCACAGAAUUUUUUCCACGUCCACUUUUUUCUUUUUUCUCCCCCACACAAGGGUGCAAAUGCUUCAUGGGAGAGUUAAACUGCCUUGUGUGCAUUUAUGGGGUUGGGUUGCCUUUUCUCCUUCCUCUGCUCUCCCAACCCUCCCUCCUUCCCCUUUCUUUCUUAACAAUUACUGUUGGAUUUUAUGCAUCAAAUGAUUUUUAUGAGCUGAAUCAGCAGAGGUUUUGCUUUGAUGUUUCAAUGACACAAAUCCUACAGCAUUUCCAUACUGUAGGAAAUUCCAUUUAUAAGAAUCACUACAUCACCAUACUGUGUUACAUGUUUUUUAAACCCUAAAAACA